UCCCCAAGCCAAGCCAAGCCAAGCCAAGACCCUCCUCUAUUUCUCUUUCUUUUUUCUUUUCUCAGAAUAUUUGUAAAAUAUUCAUUGACCCCUGGCUUCCAUAAAUAAAUCAUGCCCAUUUCUUCUCUAGAUCCCAACCCACCUCAUAAUUUCCUUAAAUCCCACUCAUUUCCCAUCAAUCUUUAUUCUUUCUAGAGAUAAACAUGGCUAAUUGGGAGCUCAGAGACUGUUGUAAUCAUGAUCAGUUGCUGUUUCUUAUCACUCUGGCUUUCUGUGUCAUUGUCAUUCUUGCGGUUUCUUCUUCUUUCUCUUUGAUUAUUAUUAUUAUGAUCACCUUUUUGUUACUUGUUUGAGUCAUUGUAUUGCAGUUUUUAGGAAAUGCUUGUUGUGCAUUCACUAGUUUUACAGUUAAUUGCCCGGAUGGUCCCUGUAGUCCCCACCUUUUGGAAAUAGCAAGCUAUGGAGGACAAUAGUGCUUUUACCAUUCAAGCUUGUCACUAUUUUUCUUCAUGAAGCCAGUCAUGCUGUUGCUUGCAAACUUACAUGUGGCCAUGUGGAAGGAAUGCAAAUUUUUGCCGAUGAAGGUGGAAUGACCCAAACACGCGGCGGUGUAUAUUGGUUUAUAUUACCAGCUGGAUAUUUAGGAUCCUCAUUUUGGGGGAUGGUUUUGAUACUGGCGUCGACAAAUCUUAUAGCUGCAAGAGUUGCUGCUGGAUGUUUAGCAGCUGCCUUGAUUAUUGUGCUUUUUGUGGCUAAAAAUUGGACGCUUCGCGGGCUUUGCAUAGGAUUUAUUGUGGUCCUUGCUGUGGUUUGGAUUUUGCAAGAAACAACAAAAGUUCGAAUUCUUCGGUACAUCAUAAUGUUCAUUGGUGUGAUGAACAGUGUGUUUUCUAUCUAUGAUAUAUACGGUGAUCUAAUAUCCAGACAGGUUCACACUAGUGAUGCUGAGAAGUUCGCAGAAGUAUGUCCUUGUCCGUGUAAUGGUGUCGGGUGGGGUGUCAUAUGGGGUCUUAUAUCUCUCAUUUUUCUCGGUAUAGCUACAUACUUUGGUCUUGUGAUCUUGUCUCAAGUAUAACUGGUCAUAAUUUAAUGCACAGAUAGUUGAUGAUUGAAGCUGAGAGCAACAUAUGCAAUAUACAUUUUUGGUAUAAUCUUGAAUAUCUAUAAAGGGUCGGCUGAUUGUAUUUUUAUAUAAAAAUGGUAUAGUUAAUUCUUUUGUCAAAUAAAAGACUUUUUGUUUGACUGCAUGAAAGAGUUGAUAAUAGUAGAGUUCUUGGUUUUAUGGUU